CACAGUGCAAGAUUAAGAAAGAAAGUAUAUAUAUAGUUUUUAUAUGGUACGUGUAUAAUAAACCAAACUAAGCGGCGAUGAAAAUACGUCUAUAUAUGUUUGAUAUUAAUUAUGUAAGUUACAUUUGGUUGGCACUUGGCACAAUGAAAGCGAGUGUCAAAGAAAAAAACAAAUAUGAAUCGUCAUUAUGUUGAAAUACAAAGGCUUGACUCAAAGAUUAAAAACGAACAAAAUAAAGAAAAAAAAUCAAAGAUUGAGGCUGACCAUCUCAUGUAACAAGUCCAGAAUGUCGCGAUCAAAUCUUCUAAUCUACGUACGUAUAUCUUUUACACUCGACCCUUAUGACGAAAACGAAACAAGUACCUAAAUAAAAGCAAUCAACUAAAAGUUUGACAAACAUAGCUAGUUGAUAAAAAAUGUAAUAAUUUCAUGUUUACAAUAAUUCUUAUAUUUCUGCGUAUAUAAUCGCUUGUGUAAAUUAUAUGUAAGAUUAUACUAGCCUAAUUAGGUAAACUAACAACAACUGAUUUUCGAUAUUAUAUAUACUUUUUGGACACAUAAAUGAAAGUAUAAUAUAGCUAUCGCCCAUGGAUUUUACUUACAUAUACAGAUGGUGGUUUAGAAAAACCAUUAGAAGUAUAUCUAUCUCAAGUAAAACAAAAAAAAAAGUUAUAUUUUUAUUAGGUGGAUAUUUCAAGUGAUGAGAAUUCUAUACAGAAUAUAUCUUAAAGGCCGACGCAAAUUGAAGAGAUAUUCAUCCAGGGUAAACACUUUUACCCUAAACGUAGACAUACCAAGUUCGAAAUCCCAACAUUUAUAAUGGAAAAAUUUAGCACUAGACUUUUGUUUCUGACUCAAAAAAAUUACAAAUUUCGACUAAGAAUUUCUUGCAUUCAAAAAAGAAUCAUCUUCAUUAUUUCUUCUUAAUAUUAAUAAAUUCUUUUUUUUUUGACGAAAAAAAACAAUUUAUUAAUAUUAAGAAGAAAUAAUGAAGAUGAUAAAUAAAAAGUAAUAAAUGGCAGCCAUGGCACCAAUUGACACGUUGUUAAUUCAGCGUAAGGAAAUGUCAACGCUCCGUCUGUCUAUUUAUAUGAUAACCAAACGUCUUACUCAUUCUCAAACUCAUACAAACUCCAUUCACUCUCAACAUGAAGCUUGUUUGGUCGCCCGAAACCGCCUCUGACGCCUACAUCGACACCGUUAGAUCAUGUAAGAACUACAAAGAAUCAGGAGUGGCGGAGUUCUUAUCAGCUACAGCGGCUGGAUGGAACGCGAGGCUAAUCGUCGAGACAUGGUCACGCGGGGAUCCAAUCGCGACAAGCGUGGGACUAGCGGUUGCUGCAGCUCACACGUCAGGGAGACACGUGUGCAUAGUACCAGACGAACAGUCGAAACAUGAGUACGUAUUAGCCAUGAGAGGAGCGGUUAGUACGGAAGCUACGGAGGUCGUGGUGGUCAGAGAAUCUACAGAGAACACUAUGGAGGAGUUUCCCGGCGUGGACUUCUUGGUGGUGGACUCAAAGCGACGAGAGUUCUUAAGAACGCUGAGGUCUGCGAAAUUAAGCAACAAGGGCGCCGUUUUAGUGUGUAAAAACGCCGCGCAGAGAGCGGCAUCUGGGUUCAAAUGGCAAGAUGUGUUGAAUGGAGGAACACGUGUAGCGAGAUCCGUAUUUUUGCCUGUUGGGAAUGGGUUAGAUAUCGCACACGUGGGAGCUAUCGGUGGUCUCCAACGUGGUGAAUCAAGAAAGCAUCCUAGCCGUUGGAUAAGACACGUGGAUCAUCUAUCGGGAGAGGAGCAUUUGUUCAGACGAUAGAAUUGAAAUUUACUCUUUUUUUUUUCUUUUUUUUUGUCAAACACUCUUUCUACUCUUUAUGAUGUGUAAUUAUGUAAAUAAACAUCCAAACAACAAAAUUAAUUUCUCAUAAUCAACAUGUCUACACGAUGUAAAAUUAUUGAUACUACAAC